AUGCCGACGGCUCGAAUUCCUCCGCCGUUCACGCCACAAGAGAUACAACGAGUCAUCCCCCAGAGUUUCCGGAACUUUCCACCGCCACAGACGCUUUUCGAGGACACCGUCAAUCGCCUUCCUGAUCCGCCAAUGUCGACAACGGAGGUUCAGAACAACGUUGUGAAUGAACCGGAAGAUCAUCCGCUGUCUCCACUGCAGCAGUCCCAUGGUCAUUCUCGACAACCAUCUUCUCAAGGUAACAAUUACGAUGCUGAGCCUCAACUCCAGGACGACACUUUGCAAUCUCUUACUGCUCUGCUUAAGAUGCCUGGCCGUGAGCAGUUUACGACUAUUCUCUCUCCCAUACUGUUGCCGAAGACAACUUGGUUUGAUCGGGACAAAAAAGGCCAACUUGUUAGGAAGAUUACCAAGAUUUUUACAAACAAAUUCGAUGGUCCAUAUUAUACUUGGACUUGUGUGCCUCCGGAUAGAAAAGAGAGAUACUUCAUCGAGUUUGCGAAAACUCACACCUGGGAUCCAUUGAUAACAGGUGCCGUUCAAGAACAUUUCAACAGCAUCUGUAACCGCCGGAUGAAGGGCAUGGUUAGCGAUGCAAGGACGUCUGGAGUUAAACCUACAUGGAUAGAAGGUGAACUCUGGAAAGAAAUGGUUGCUAAUUGGGAUACUGAAGAACAACAACAAAGGAGUAGCACCUAUUCCAAGUGUCGUAUGUCUGACCGUAAUGGUCUCGGUCCUCACAUCCACUUAUCAGGCCCUAAGUCAUAUAGGGAAAUCCAAGAUGAUCUGGAAGAGGAGUUGGGAAGAGAGGUCAGUAUGGGUGAAGUUUUUUACAAAACACAUACAAAGCCGGAUGGUUCUUAUGUUGAUGGCAAGGCAGAGAAAAUACAUCAAGCUUAUCAGCAGAAGUUGCAAGAGAAGAUGGCUGAGCUCGAGGCAGAUUCAACUAUUUCAGAUGGUACUUCACACCGUCGGGAGCUCACCACCGAUGAAUGUACUGCCAUCUUUCUUGAGUGCACUGAGAAGGAUUCACGAGGAACACCUUAUGGUGUUGGAAGCCUCAAAGAUACUCUUGGCAAGGGAAAGGGCAAUCAACCAUCACAAACCGAAGCCUUUCUAUCAUUGCAAGAGCAACUGAAGGAAGCUCAACGUCAGAUUGAAGUUCAGGCUGAAAUUCAGGCAGCUCUCAGAGCUGAAGCUGCUGCUCGAGAAAAAGAGACUGCUCUCCUUGUGGCUGAGCAAAAGCAGGAGUUGACGAUGAUGGCCAAGUUUAUGCGCCACACUAAUCCAGCCUACCUGGAGUUUAUAACCUCUCAAACAGCUGAGGAGGACAAUCUUCCAUCAACAACUCCAUGA